UUACCAGCAGUCGCCUGGGGAAACCAUCAUCUCCACUCCCCCACCACCGUUUGUGCAUGACCCUGAUCAUCUUACCGACUUGACCACGCUGUCUUGGGCUCAUCAGUCUGAUACCCACAACCAAGCGUGUCACACUCCUCAGUGCCCAAAACAGAAACUGGAUCCUACUGUAGAUGUCGUCAGCGGCCACAACACGGACGUGACAUCUGUCCAAACUCCCGCCAUCGAUCCGGCAGCUUUCCCCAAUAAAAGAUCAGAUCUCCACGCAGUAAGGGAUGCUGUGACUCUCGAACCUCAGAGUGUGGGAGAGGGCAGUGCAGAGAGAGAUUUGAAAGAGGCUUUGGCGGUUGUUCCUGCGUUGCCACUGACAACACCCACGGUUCCAGAACUGAUAAAAUGCGAGGGAGAAAGUGUGAGUCGUGAAUCACGAGUGGCUAUAAAAGCCAGUGAGAAAACUACAGGAGGGUCAUAUCCAGAAGAAAAGUGUUCCGGCCACGAAGAGAGAGAAGUAAUCCGGCAUCCUGCUCAGGCUGCGCUCAGCAUCACACCGGGAGUGAGCUCCGCCACAGAGGGACUGGAUGAGAGAAGCCGCGACAGAGAAAUGCCGCAAAACUUGGCAGAGGUUGAUUUCAGAGGAGUCAAGGAGGCAGAGAGCUCUCACACCGAAGAGGGAGAGAGAGAAAAGGAGCUUCAUCAUGUGGAUAUUGAUUCGUCCCUCGUCCUGGUUGAUCGUAAAUGUCCCGAUCACAGCGCUGCAGGAUUGAAAGGAGCGGAGGAUGACAGAGGAGAGGAGGUGGGAGAGAGAGAAACACAGCACAGUACAGCCUUUCAGCCAGGAGGGUUUGCUAGUGGGGUUUCAUCAGCUGGGAUGUGUCCACCCACCGAUGUUGCCGAGUCACAGCUGAAGCCACUGGGCUGGACCGAGUCGAUCACAGGCUCCGUCUGCACCGAGCAGGACAGCCAGGAGCGGCCCAGUGAAGGGAUUUCUCCCCUCUUUCUGAAGGAUGAUCAGAGCAAUACAUGUGAAAAGGAUGGAUCGGAUCUGAAUCAGAUAACAGUGGAAGCCUCUUCUCCAGGACAAAGUUUGGAAAAUCGACUGACAGCAGAGACCAGGACGAACGACAGUGAAGCAUUUUCAUCUUCGUCUCAAGUGUCGACAACUUCCCUGCUUAUUUCAACUGGUCAACAAGCGACCGCAAUUCAGCAGCUCGAGCCUGAAAGUUGCUCGACAGAGAACAAAGCGGCUGAGAUUCAGGAUUCAGGUCAGAGCUUGAACAGCAAUAUUCACUCUAAGUCCUGUAUGCAUGCACGCGACGGAAGUAAGGGCAACGUCAGAGUGCACUUCGCUGACUCAGUGAAACAAGACAAGGGUCCAAGCAAAAUGUCGGCAACUGCUUUGGGCUAUUGCUCUCUGCCUCCGUUAACUGUCCAUGAAAGUUUGCACCAUCCUGUGUUGGAGGCCAGUUUUAUCUUCAAGGACUACCUGCGAUUUGGGCAAAGGAGCGUGAACACAGCUCCUACGGAAGAAGCAAUACCGAGCUUGAAUGAGAUCCAGGAAGUAAAGCCAGAUGAUGUUAUCAAUGGAGGCAAAGAGGAGAAUCAACACAGUCAGAGUUCCGCCAGUGAGCCUUCGGCAAAAGGCGUUUCUGGUGUGCAAUUGAUGGAUGAUACAUGCUGGGGUCAGACUGAAACAGAAAAAUCUUUGAACUUUGAAACCACAAAACAUGAGGAGGGCCUCACAACUCAAGAGGGCGAAGUUGCAUUAGGACGUGCCAUGGCAAAGCCAGAAGUUCAAGAGACAGGAGAGGUGAUGUGCGACACCUCAGUGCAGCAGUGCAACCUGAGUAAACCCCCAGGUUCCCUCCAAAAUGCUGCCCCUCUGUCUCCUGUGAGCGACGUCUCUGUCCCAGAACGUGGAGCCUCUUCCCAGACAGAGACCUCCAGCACAACUCAUCCGCCUUCCACCGAAUUAUCCUCUCCGUCAGUUCUUCCUAAGCCAGCUAAUGACGCAGCUAAUCGGACGGCGGAUGACUCAGCUGCUUCCACCGACCAACCAGUUUCUAUCAGUAAACAUUCUGCCGGUAAUAAUAGGCUCACGCUGCGGCCCCCUGGCCCAAUGUUGAGUCACAGAGAAGUAAUUAGUGACUGUGAUAUCGCCGUGCCUGAGCAGGGGGGUCGGCAAAGUGCCGACUGCGACAGGAAUUUGGGGAUAAUGGCACCUCAUAAAGGCGUGCUAACCACGGAGGAGAGAUACAAUACUGCAGCGCCAGUGGAAAUAGAUUAUUCUCCCUCUGAGAUUAUCACUUCAGAAAAGGAAGGUCUUGGGAAUGAACCCCUCGAGGUGGUGCCUGCACUGAGAAGCGAUGGGUUGGACCAUUUGUUUGGUGCUGCAAAGCCAUCUUGCCCCGGUGGUGGUGAACGUGUGUUUCAGAAUAUGUCCACUGAGGAUGAUGCCACUGAUGCCAGCCAACUAUUCAGCAGUUCUCAUCGUAAUGGAAAAGAUCAGGUGACAAAGAAACAAACAAGCAAUGAUCAAAAGGAAACAGACGUCAGCAGCGCAGCAGAGAAGGGACAGGCAGGCGCACGAGAGAGUUAUGAGUCUGGUGAAAAGGAUGUUGAGGAAACUGGAGGCUCAGUGCCAGCUCAUGGUGAUGACACACAAGGUGUUGAAUCAGCAGUAUGUAGUAGUACAUCUGUGGAAGCUGAGUCUUCCAAUUUAUCUCUGGAAAAGACUGCAGCAUUGAUGGUUGGGAGAGAGGAAAACCCACAGGGCCACCUGGGAGCAGAGCCCAGUCCCCCUGAGAAGAUGUCGGAUGAAUCAACACCAACAAGUGCGGAGCAGCAAGUAUCCAAGUUACCAGAUGAAGAGUCUUGCUUUAUGGUUGAUAGCACUGACUUGGAGACAGUGGAAGUGAAGCCUAUUGAUGAUAGUAUUGGACAGGAAAGUAUCACUAAGAACGAAGGGGUCCCAGACUGUGAGAUGGUGACUGUAAGUGAGAUUCACCCCCAGGUGGAUGAGAAGUCAGGGAGGUGUGUAUCAGAUCAAGAUUUAAAGUUUCUGAGCGAUUCAGAUGGCCUGCAGAUGAGCGAUCUGUCGCCUGCAUGUCAAGACCAGCCAGAGGACUUCAGUAACACUGCAGCCUCUGUUCUGUCUGUAUCACAGGAGUAUGAGACUUCAGAAGGAGAAAAGGUCAGCACAGGUAGCCGUGACCUUCAUAACAGAGACCCGUCAAGUUCAAGCCAGCUCCAUGGAAACACAUCAAACAACCCGAGCGGUGAAGCUGAAGGGCGCCAAUCUUAUAAAACAGUAUGUGAGGAUUCAGAACGGCAAGACUUCAAUGAAACUUUAUCCGCUGAAAGCAGCUCAUUUAUGGAGCCUCCCAUAAAGGAUCCUGUUAUUGAAGGGAGGACAAUAACGGCUUGGAACGAAGAGAAAGCGAACAACCUCAGGGCGGAUCGGAGUCAUGUCAAAACACUAAACAGUGACACAAGAGGAAAUCAUAGAGUCUGGAGUCUAGAGGAGGAGUCAGAAGUCACCACACUGAAAGCACCAGAAAACACUAAUAUAGAUGGCAGUGGUGAAAUCCGUGAAUCAGCAGGUGGUACUGGAUCUGAGGUGGACGGCAAGCUAAGGGCAUUAGAAACAACCUGGUGUGGGCCACCUCCGUUGUCUGGGAAAGCAGAGGUUUCAGAAGAGUUAAAGAGUCCUGAUCGCGAACCAGCGACCUCAGACAGUGAGACACGUUCCCUUAAGGACGAUGCCUUGAAGUCACAGUGGACAGGGAGGACAACCAGACCCCUCCCAUCUCUGGAGUCUCCUAAACAGGAGUUUCUAACGCCAACUGAAGAAACAGUUGCUCCUCAGAGACAGGACAAGAUCACAGCAUCUGUGGAAGCAACAGAGGUCAAAACAAAAGCCCUAACUCUAGAUUUGGAGAAGACAUCAGUGGUUAGUCCUGAAGCCAUAAAACCAACUGAAGACCUUCUGAAACCACAGGCUGAGCUUCCAGUGGUGGCCAAGGCAUCAGAGGAAGUCUUGACCAGGAUUUCCAAGGAGCCAAUUCAGUUACCGGAGACAGUCAAAGGCAGUGAGGAAGUGAAAGAGGAGCAAGUGGAGCUGGGUGAAUCAAAGGCUGAGGAAGAAGAGCCGCUGGUGGAGAUAAAGCAGCCGGUUGAGCUCCAAGGAGAAGAGAACCUCUGCGAAGAGCCAGAGGAACAAAAACCUGCCCUUGAGGAGACUGUUGAACCAGCAGCUGAGGAAUCUGCUGCAAUUGAUAUAGUCCAAGCUCCAGUCGAGGAGUUUCAGGAUUCUGGGCCCUCCCUCUCUGAACACCCUCCGCCUGCCCCCCUCCGCUCUUCAGAGUUCCCCACACCUCCUUCCACACCGCCCCCUGCGAUUCUCCGAGAGCUUUCUGCAGCCCCCCACCACCCUGAUCCCGCCUGUCCUCCUUCACCACCUGCCCACCUGAGUGACCCCCCUGUCCAUGCCUGUGAAUCCCAACAGCCCCUUAUAAGGAGCUCGGACUCAGACGGAGCAUUCGAGACCCCCGAAUCCACCACCCCAGUUAAAGCAGCCUCUCCUUCAGAUACGCCGCCCCAACAGCUCCCAUCUGAACCAAAAGUCCCUGACCCCUCUGGUAGCGACCCUGCAUCCGACCGCUCGACUGCCUGCCGUUCUCCCUCCAUCUGUUUCGACGAGGACCGGCCCAUCGCAGCCAGUGGAACAUACAACUUUGAAUCUUUUGCUUUAGAAUCCUCUCACACUCUCACACGAUCCCUCAGCCUCCAGGGAGGGGAGCUCAAUGACUCGGAUCUUGUAGAUGGAUCCAAGUCCGGGGGCUUCCGUCCACACUCCGAGUCCUUCAGCGUCGGCACCGAGAGCACCCCGGGAACACUUCGCCGACCCAAGAAAGUGCUUACUGUGAAAAAGAAGCCUCUGCAGAGACAGGUUUCCAAUCCAGAGAGGUCACGACCCAACUCAGCCAGCAGCACCCCUGAAGUCAAGAAGCGGGCCAACCUUCGCCAGUCCUCAGAGGAGGCAGAGGGAGGGUCCGCCACCCCGAGCCCUGGGGGAACCCUUCGAAGGACCCGGAAGAAUCGUGUAGUGACUCCCCCUCCUCUGCCUGAGGAGACCGCUCACGCGAGCCCAGAGGAGAGUCUUGCUCCCUCAUCCUUACCUCCGUGUCAGGAGGGAAGCCCUCCGACAGACAAAGACCACUCCCCCAUCCCCCCCUGUGCCUCCUACAAAUGGGAUCCAGAUAACAUCAAUAACAUCGACCCUUUCAAAACUGGAGGGAGUAAAAUAGCAAACUCCCCUGAUCUGGCUCGUAAAGGGCCACUGUGCCCCCCAACAGAGAGUUUCCCCGUGGUGGAGCAACACCACUCCACACCGCCGCCGUCACCCAAAAAGACAAUAUUUAAUCCAGAAGAACAGCCCAUCCUGCCCAAGCAACAGUCCGUAAGGCUGGAGUUUGAUUACUCCGAGGAGAACAGUGAGGCAUCACACCCGGCUUCUCCUCCGCCCAAGAAAUUGGGCAAGAAACCUGGUGCCAAGAUGCCUCUCAGGAAGCCAAGACUGGGGCUGAAGAAGCCUCCGCCAGCCCAGACCGAGCAGCUAGACAACCACCCACCAGCAUCACUCAAUGGCAACGAAGACGAAAUCCCUGUUCCUAAAGCGUCCUAUAACUUUGAACCCGACAAGUGGGACGACCCCAACUUCAACCCCUUUUCAAACAAGAAAAACAUCUCCAACUCUCCAAAGCUCCCCAGAGCUUCUUACAGCUUUGACCCGAAUAACUUUGACGACUCGGUAGAUCCUUUUAAAUCCACAAACAAAAUGGCUAACUCACCUCCCAAAGCAUCCGCCUCCAUUGAACUGUCCUCUGCUGACGGUGAUGCCGAAAACGACAACGAUAACGUUGGGGAGCUGGAGGACCAGAACCAGAACAAACCUGCCAAGAAGAAGAAGACCCCCAUUAAAUCUAACACUUUCAGAGUCAAGCGGUCGCCAAAGAAGACAGCCAUGUCAGACCCAACCCAGGAUCUGUUGCCCACAGAUGACCCCUCUUCCCUCCAUCCACAGGACGACCACGCCACAGACGAGGAGAAGCUCGCCUCCUCCACCGGUCACAAGUGGAACAACCUGCACGACAUGGACACAGGCGUGAACUCGGAUCAGCAGGACUAUCCUCAUCCGUCUGACCUCACGUCCUUUGUGAACGAGGACAGCCUCCCUCUUCAGGCUCCAGGCCAAGACUAUGAGAUCGAGUACAUGGAGAAGAUCGGCUCCUCUUCGCCUCCGCUGUCGACCAAGAAGCCAUCGCUGUACUUGAACUUGGACUCCGUUUCUGACACCUUGGCCAAGAACUCAUGUCAGCUUGGAUCCGAGCCCACCUCACCCUGUACCGGGAGUUUUGAGGAAAUGGAAGCCCAGAUAACUGCCGGCAUGAAGUCUCCCAUUUUAAGUUGCCGGCCCGGUCCAGAGGGCGCUGCCAAUGACAAGGGCAGGAAGCGAGAGUCUGAGUCUCUCAGCCGGACUCAGAGCACGGAGAGAGACGAGCAGCCCCCUAGCCCGGGCAGCGAGGAGGCCCCCGCACCUGUCCCCGCCAUGCCCCUGUUAGACAGGCUGUCUGAAUGUGAGGAUCCCGUGCAGUACCUGGAGCCUGACCUCGCUGAGACCAACCCCACAGCGUUCGCCCAAAAGCUACAGGAGGAACUGGUGCUUGCAGCCCUGAGGAUAGAGGCUCUGCAAGUAGCCAAAAACAUCUCUCAGUGUCCCUUCCUCUCCAAUGUAACCCCCCAGCAGCACAGAGAGCUGUCAUCUCCAGCAGAAAGCGCCGUCACCAAGAGCUCUCUGUACACCAGGACCACCAGCAGCUACAUCGACGGGGAGAGUCCUCACCUCCCGCGGGAUCUGGACCACUCUCUGGGAAUAGCAAGAGAAGAGAUCGUGUCCAAGGAGAAGGAGGUGCUGGAGUGGCAGAGGAAGUAUGAGGACAGUCGGCAGGAGGUGGUGGAGAUGAGGAGAAUCGUGGCCGAGUAUGAGAAGACCAUCGCUCAGAUGAUCGAGGACGACCAGAAGGAGAAGUCUCUCUCCCACCACACCAUCCAGCAGCUGAUCAUGGAGAAGGACCAGGCGCUGGCUGACCUCAACUCUGUGGAGAAGUCUCUGGCCGAUCUCUUCCGGCGCUACGAGAAGAUGAAGGACGUGCUGGAAGGCUUCCGCAAGAAUGAAGAGGUUCUGAAGAAGUGCGCUCAGGAGUAUCUGUCCAGGGUUCGCAAGGAGGAGCAGCGGUACCAGGCCCUGAAGAUUCACGCUGAGGAGAAGCUUGACAAGGCAAACACAGAAAUCGCUCAAGUACGAGCCAAGUCCAAGCAGGAGCAGGCCGCCUUCCAGGCCAGUCUGCGGAAGGAGCAGAUGAAGGUGGACUCUCUGGAGCGCACUCUGGAACAAAAGAACAAAGAGAUCGAAGAGCUGACAAAGAUCUGCGACGAGCUCAUCGCCAAGAUGGGAAAGAGUUAGCAAACAAACGCGCCAAACUCCCCUUCCUCCGAAGACAAACCACACCAUCUCCUCCACCAACUUUGCAGACCAGAGUGUUGUAACUGUAAUACUGACUCACCUCUUACCGGCGCUGUAUAUUUUUGAUGUGUUUGUGUUUCGUUCUGUGCGAGGGGUCGGUGUAAGGUUUUUACCAUAUCAGUGACGAGUGUGUGUGUGUGUGUGUGUGUGUGUGUGUGUGUGUGUGUGAGAGAGAGGGUGAGAGCGAGUGUGUGUACUAUGAUGUUGCCAUGACAGCCACUGAGGGAGAAGACUGUUCACCUACUCCUGUUGAUGUUCCAGAGGGAAGAAGAGCACCAGAGAACUUGUUUAUAACCUGUUGAUAGUCCUCGCAUAUAUUACUGCAUGUGUGUGCGUGGGAGACUUGUAAAGUGUUUGUACAUACUAUAGCCUCAUCUGCGUUGUUGCCUCCUCGCUGUAACGUUGUAGAUAUUUGUCAUACUUGUCAUAGCUUGGGAUUUUAUUUUGGUACAAAGCAAGGGUGGCGGAAUCCAGUCGUGACCAUGAGUAAUUUAAUUUCCGAGUCCUGCUACAGUCGUUGGUGUCACACUGAGGAAACCUUGUCUGCACAUCUACUGUACGACAUCUGCUUACUAAGUGCAAUAAAAGAUGGCAAUACGACAAA